AUGGCUCUUAGAGGGAAAGUAGCAUUAGUAACAGGUGCUUCUCGUGGCAUCGGACGAGGCAUAGCGUUACAGUUAGGUGAGGCUGGUGCUACUGUGUAUGUGACUGGACGCCAUCCAGACUUGUCCCUACACGCUAGCCAGAAUACGCUUCCAACGCUUAAAGCGACUGCAGAAGAUGUCACGGCUCGUGGUGGCAAAGGUAUUGCGGUUUAUGUCGAUCAUUCAAAUAUGUCCGACGUUGAGAAAUUGUUCAAGCGAAUCGAUGAAGAGACGAAUGGUCACUUAGAUAUAUUAGUAAAUAAUGCCUUCUCAGCUGUUCCACAACUUGCUGACCUAAGUGGCCAGAAAUUUUGGGAAGUAUCUCCAGAACUUUGGGACGAGGUAAAUAAUGUUGGUUUGCGAAAUAAUUACUACUGUUGUUGCUACGCAGCUCGCAUUAUGGUCAGACGUUGUGCAGGACUUAUUGUCAAUAUCAGUUCUGCAGGUGGUUUAGUUUAUCUUUUUUCGGUACCUUAUGGCGUUGGAAAAACGGCCAAUGAUCGUAUGGCUUCUGAUAUGGCAAUUGAGUUGCGUCGCUAUGGCAUAACUGUGGUUUCGAUUUGGCCAGGACCUGUCAGGACUGAAGUAUCUGUUUUAUUCUUUUCAGAUAUAAUUACUGAAUUUCAAAAAAUUAACGAAGUAUACGGAUCAAGUAAAACAUAUUAG